ACACAGCUGACCGCUGUCUGCUGGGAGAAAUAAACCAGGCUAGGCUAGCAGGACAGACAGUCAGCGGCCCAGAGAGCAGGGGUACAGUCGGUGUAAAGUCAGUAGGACCGCGGAGACGAGACCGGAGCGAGUCUUUCCACCGGCAAUGCGAACGCUGAGUGUUGCAGCUAGCUAACGUUAGCGCUGUCCCGAGAGACGGGGACUGAUCCCGAUGGCAAAACCGAAGCGACGAUAGAGAAAAGGCGACAUCAACAGGAAAGUGUUAGCUUAGUUUCAAUGUUAUUGUUAAUUAAAAGCCACAUAUGGUCACAAUGUCCUGCUCUGGAAACCUGGUUUGGGAUGUAAAUAAACGUUUAAUUGGGUACAGCGAGCCGAACACCAUCAGGACCAACUAUUUAGGUAGAAGAGAAUUUGUCCAGAGGCUUAAACUUGAAGCGACACUGAAUGUACAUGAUGGCUGUGUCAACACUAUAUCCUGGAACGACACAGGAGAAUACAUCCUGUCAGGGUCGGACGAUACCUUUUUGGUUAUUACGAACCCGUACAACAAAAAGGUCAAGAAGUCCAUACGUUCAGGUCAUCGGGCAAAUAUCUUCAGUGCAAAGUUCAUGCCCCACACCAACGAUCAGGAGAUCAUCUCCUGCUCUGGAGAUGGCAUCAUUUAUUACACCCACACUGAGAAGACUCCUGAGUACAACAGACAGUGUCAGUUCACCUGCCAUUAUGGAACAGCUUAUGAGAUUAUGACGGUACCAAAUGACCCCUACACGUUUCUGUCGUGUGGGGAGGACGGCACAGUGCGAUGGUUUGACCUUCGCACAAAAACAAGCUGCACUAAAGAAGACUGUAAAGAUGAUAUCCUGAUAAACUGUCGGAGGGCAGCAACCUCAAUAUCCAUCUCUCCGCUGGUGCCGUAUUACCUGGCUGUGGGCUGCUCUGACAGCUCAGUACGAAUCUACGACAGACGUAUGCUGGGCACCAGAGCGACAGGUAACUACAUGGGCCGGGGGACGACGGGCAUGUGUGUUCGUUUUGUCCCAGCCCACCUGUCCAACAAGUCGUGCAGGGUGACAUCUCUCUGCUACAGCGAGGACGGUCAGGAGGUGCUUGUCAGCUACUCCUCCGAUUACAUCUACCUGUUUGAUCCCAAAGAUGACCAGGCCCGAGAGCUAAAGGGCCCAUCUGAGGAGAGGAGGGAGGAGCUGAGGCAGCCUCCAGUGAAGCGCCUCCGUCUACGAGGUGACUGGUCUGACACUGGACCCCGGGCUCGUCCUGAGAGUGAGAGAGAGAGAGACGGGGAACAGAGCCCAAAUGUAUCUCUGAUGCAGAGGAUGUCAGACAUGUUGUCUCGCUGGUUUGAAGAGGCCAGCGAGGCUCAGGGCAGCAGAGGAACCCGACCGCAGACACGACCCAGAGGAACAGCCAUCCGUCCAGAGGGAGCGACAAAUACUCCAGCUAGUCCUGCGGGAGAACCCGGUCAGGAGUCCAGUGCCUCAGAGAGGCCUGUGGGGACAGACACUCCUGAGGUACCUGCUGGUCCUGCCGCCGCCGCCGAUGCUCCCAUGCCUAAAUCCACAUCCUCUUCCUCCUCAGGGUCAUCAUCGACAGUCACAGCACCCCCUCCCUCCAGCUCCUCAUCAGUGGAGAGUUCUGCCCCUUCCUCCUCCCCUCUCACCUCGUCCCCUGAUUCGGAGCAGAGGAGUCAGGCCGAGACGACGGGGACCCCCACGCCGACGGCAACACCCACCUCAGAGCCUGCACUCUCAGAGUACGGUCCUCACCGGCUGCCCAUAAGUUUAGUGUGUAGGCGUUUGCAGAGGUUACUUCGGCUGGCAGACCCUCCAGGACAGGGUCAGCGAGCGGCCCCUUCCUCUUCCUCCGCAGCCCCCGAGAGACAGUCACAAAGAGCUGCUACCUCUGCUGCCGCUGCUGAGACUCAACCCCGUACAGAUUCCCCCUCGUCUGUGGUAAACAAACAGCUGGGAUCCAUGACUCUUGAUGAACAGCAGGGAGCAGAGGCUGCGGGUUCACCUCCUGAUGAAUCUGCAUCUGCACCAGCCGCCAGCUCCGUUCCCACUUCCUCCACCCCCACAACCGGCACCGGUCGGCCCAGUGCAGCAGAGCCAGUCCUCAGCCUACACUACAGCUCAGAAGGAACCACCACCAGCACCAUCAAGCUGGACUUCACUGAUGAGUGGAGCAGCACCUCCGGCUCUAUGGGCGGCGGAGCUCCCAAAACAUCUGAGGUUGUGGGUGUACAGAGCAGAGAGAGUCUGUCAGCGGAGAGCUCAAUGUCAGAGCAAGCCUCCUCUGAGCCCUCGAGGCAGCAGAGUUUGUCGGCCGCCUCCACAGAGCCCCCGUGUGACGCCUCCUGCUCAAACGCCCUCGGCAGCUCGUCAGCUCCAGCCCCUGCGGAGGGCUCCUCUGGGGGGGGCAGCAUGAUGUCUUCACCGCUGGAGAAGAGUCAGCCGGAGGGUAUGGAGGACACGUCAGGAGGCUGCAGGAGAGCGGAGCCAACAGCUGAGGGGGGCCCAGAGGGAGAGCAGGGCCAGAGUCAGCCCACGCGGGGCAACCAGGACUCUGACGACAGCGACGACGAUCCGAUCCUUAUCCCGUCGUCGAGAAUCAGAGGGCAGGGACAGAGAUUAAAUACCAGAGGAUCUGCAGUAGGAGAUAGGAUGAUCAGACGCUCGGCUGCGGCCCGCAUCCAGGAGCUGUUUCGCAGGAGAAAAGAAAGACGAGAGAUGGAGGAGAGUGAGACGCAGAAUAUCAGGAGACCCUCGGUCAAAAUGGUCUACAAGGGCCACCGGAACUCCAGGACAAUGAUAAAGGAGUCGUGUUUCUGGGGCAACAACUUUGUGAUGAGCGGCUCAGACUGCGGCCACAUCUUCAUCUGGGACAGACACACUGCAGAGCACCUCAUGCUGCUCGAAGCUGACAACCACGUGGUCAACUGCCUGCAGCCGCACCCCUACGACCCCAUUCUGGCUUCUUCAGGGAUAGACUAUGAUAUCAAGAUUUGGUCGCCUCUGGAAGUAUCGCCGUCUUUCAACAGAGUCCUCGCUGAUGAGGUAAUAACUCGGAAUGAGCUGAUGCUAGAGGAAACGAGAAACACAAUCACAGUCCCAGCCUCUUUCAUGCUCCGAAUGUUGGCCUCCCUUAAUCACAUCAGAUCAGAUCAACUAGAAGGCGAUCGCUCUGAAGGUUCAGGCCAGGAAAAUGAGGACGAGCAGUAGCCAGCUGGCAUUUUAUUUUAAAGAAAACACUAUUUCUUCUUGCUGUAUAGCACUUGGAAAAAAAAAUGAGAUUUGUACAAGUAUAGUGUAGAAUACUUCCUUUUGAAAAUUAGUAUAAUUUCUAGCCCUCUUGUGUUUUUUUUAAGGUGACUUUCUUACUGAUGUUUGUGUAUGAGGAUAAACUAUAUCUGUGUGAAUGCAAAAGGCAAGCACAUAUAUAUAUAUAUAUAUAUAUAUAUAUAUAUAUAUAUAUAUAUAUAUAUAUAUAUAUAUAUGUGUGUGUGAGAAUAAUGGCGGCUGGUGUGCAAGGAUGUUAAGUGCAAUAUUAUUUUGUUAGGAGAGAGUGAGCUUCGAUCAGUGUUAAUGUGUGACUUUUGAAUUUGUAGCACAAAGCUAAGAAAUGUUGAUGUGCUGCUGCGGCAGUUACGCAUGUGAACAAGGACUUUAAGUAAAAACAAACUCAGAGAAUGCUUUAAUUUUUUUUUUUUCUUUUUUGGAAAAAGAAACAAAACUGUGGUUCUUCUUCUCUAAGAGUCCUGUCACUAAAUUAUACUCUUUUACAGAAUUAAAAAAAAUAAAAGCUAAAUGGCAUCUCAAAGAUGUCUGCACUUGUCUGUAGGAUAAAUGCUAAUGGCAACUGUUCAACUGUCAAAUUAAAUUAAUUAAAAAAAUAGGAGGAGGACAUAUCUUCUCCUGUUUAUUUUACAAAAAAUCAGGUGCCUAACUCCACUUUUGCUUGCAGGAUAUGUGGCUGUUUUAUGACCCUUUUAUGAUACCGCAUAGAAUUAACAUGUCAUAAUACACUUUUCAUGGUCAUAUAACAUUGACACUUUUUUGCAAACCUAUACACUGUUUACUCAACCAAAGAUAUGUUGUUUCAAAACAUUCUCAGGCCACAUACAAGUUUACAUUAGUCUUUUGACACAUGAAAUUAAGUCUAAGUAAUGUGUAAAAGGGCGAUGGGUUCAGGUGUUUUGGGGAAAAGUUAUACGUGGGAUACCUGCUUGAACAACUCUUUCAGAGAGAAAACAUUUUUUUAUUUAUUUCUGUUUUAUUGAGAACCAUAAGCUUGCAAAUAAAAAAACAAGGGCUAUUAUAUUGCCAGGAAGAUGUAAAGAACAAGGAUAAAAGGCAGAAGGGCGCCACUUCUUUCACAAUAACAAAAUCUCUCUGACCUAAACUGCUUUUACAGCUUUCUGUCUGGACAUUAAAGAUGUAGUGUUGGUGCCCACAUGUAAAAAAAAAAAAAAAUUAGCUGCCAAAGGCAGGAGAACAAAAACAAUUAUGUCACCUUUGGAAGAGAUAACCUCAGGAGAUUACUAAUCUGACGUUCUCUGAAUAAAAAUAUACUACACGUCA